AUGCAACGUCAAAAAUCAAAAACCCCACGUGAAAGAAAAAGAUCGAGUUUGAUGGCCAUACAAAAACAACAGGAGGAAAAUGUUGCCAUACUUGCCAACACCAAGGGAGACGGUCCGAUAUAUCAGGAAAUCAACAGUGUCAUGAUCGAGAUAGAAAAAUUCCGUGCCAGAUUGCACGAAUUGAGCCGAGUUCAAGAACAGCAAUACGAGUCCGAUGGGUCAGAAUUUCUCCCUGGCUCCCAGGACUACGAGGAGCGACUUGAAAUCAAUGAAAAAUUGAUGCAAGCCGUGCAAAAUCAACUUGCUGUGGUCCGCCAACACAUCUCCAACAUAAUGGAUAAUUAUGAAUUCUUAGACGAAAAUCUUCUUACCGUUAUUAUGACCUAUAAUGAGGAGGUCAACAUUGCGCUACAAGAGGCCUUGCAAGAAGUGCCAAGCCUUUACCAACAUCAACCACCUGAAUCAUCAAUUCAAUCCGAGGAUACGGAUUUUCAACGAACCAUCGAGGCCCAGGCCAUACAAAUUUAUUUCUUGGAGAAAUCAAAUUUCAACAACAUUUUACAGCUCAUAAACGACAUCGACCAAUGCCAAGAGCUUUUACUCAAUUUUACAAAAUUGAAAGGUGUAUUGAAGGAUGGUGGCGAAUAUGAAUUGAGCAUAAACGUGAAAGAGGUCAAGGAACUUUUAUGUCAAUACGAAUGUAAAACACAAAUCGACGAAGGGUAUCAACACAAUGAUUGGAUAAUUCAAUUCGUUAGUGGAUUAUUGCAACGACACAUACUCGUAACAAUUUUAGACCAUUCAGAUAUCUAUUUUAACGGUUCCUUUCACAGUUCCACCAUAGAAACAAAGCGCGAGAGUUUUCUUGGGCGAACAAAAUUCACGGAUUUCGCAAAGCCCUUGUCUAAAAUGAAUCCCGAGGUCUACACUGUGCUCGGAUCAAAAGGUUACGACGGGUUUGAUCAUCCUUUCGUAGAAUUCGUAUCUGGGAAGAUUGUGAACAUAAUGAAUCAAUGUUGUAUUAUUGAAUCUCUCGAGAAGCAGCAACAAAUCAAAGAAUUGGCAUCGGAUGUGGUUCAUAGCGUUAUAAAUAUUUUUUACUUCAGGAUGCAAGCUCAAGAUCCUCCUUCUCAAUUUCGAUGGGUAGAAAAUGGGGCGAAUAUUGAACCGGAGACGAUGGGAGGCGUUUGGGACUCGAAAUUUGACGAUUUAAUAGUUGACCUCAACUAUUUCCCAAUCAUUGGAAGGAAAUUGUUGAACCAGGAUAAGUUGAAGGUAUACUCCAAGGCGAAAGUAUGUCCUUAUCGUCAACCUGGAUCCUUUAUUAAUAGCUUACCUGGAGCUUGGUCGAUUUCUUAA